GCUUUCUUUAUGUGCUUUCUUUAUGUCUUCUCAUCUCUUUGAAUCCUUUGACGUGGGCCAAUCACAACACUGCACACUCCUGCAGGACAUAAAGAACUCGGUCCAAAUCAGGUAAUUCUCUGUGAUUUGGUGUAGUUUCUUUAUCUUUAGCUGACUCACCAUCAAUUGUCCUUGAAGGAGGAUUACUCGUCCACGCUCGUAAUACUGAUUAACACCUCAAAAAUGUGCUCUUAAUAUUUAAAUGUUUCAACCUGUUUUGCUUGCUUCAACUUCUCUCAAUUAUCGUGACUAUCAAACUAAAUUAUAUAUAAAAUAUUAUCUGGCCUAUUAAUCAUGGAAUUUUGAUGUAGAUAAUUAUUUAUCCAAUUCUACUUAGCCAGAUAAAAAUAAAAAAAGUAAUACUGUUUAGUUUUUGGGAAUGUUUAGAACUGCUAUCAAAUCUUCAGUGUUGAAGAGUUCCUGUUCAAAACUUGUCCUACUAAAUUUAUCCUCAAAACUACCUUCUUCACAACUUGUCUCUGUUUUCAAUCAGCAUUACAACUAUAACACAUACUAUCGCUCAUUUGCUUCUACAAAUAUUAAUAGCUCCACCAGAUCUACAGUUAUUCAACUACUAAAUAACAUUGGCUCAAAGCGUGAGGUUGAACAAUAUUUGAAAUAUUUCACUUCUGUUUCAUCCCAACAGUUUGCUAUUAUAAAAGUUGGCGGUGCAAUUAUUAGUGACCAAUUGAAUGAACUAGCUUCUUGUUUAGCUUUUUUAUACCAUGUUGGUUUGUAUCCCAUAAUUUUGCAUGGAACUGGUCCACAGGUUAAUCUGUUUUUAAAAAAUGAGAAAAUUGAACCGAAUUAUAUUGAUGGAAUUAGAAUAACUGAUCCCAAAACAAUGAAAAUCGUUAGAGACUGUUUCAAUAAGCAAAAUUUGACGUUGGUCUCAGCUUUAGAAACUAUGGGGGUAAGAGCUAGACCGAUAACUUCUGGCGUAUUCACUGCUGAUUAUUUAGAUCAGAACAAAUACAAUUUAGUUGGCAAAAUAAAAUCAGUAAACACUACUGCUAUUCAAUCGUCCAUUGAUGCUAGUUGUUUACCAAUAUUAACCUCCUUGGCCGAAACUCCUUCAGGCCAGAUUUUAAAUGUCAACGCUGAUAUUGCAGCUGGUGAAUUAGCAAAAGUGUUCCAGCCUCUUAAAAUUGUUUAUUUAAAUGAAAAAGGUGGAAUUAUUAAUGGAAACACUGGUGAAAAAAUUUCAAUAAUUAAUUUAGAUCAAGAAUAUGAAUCUUUAUUGAAACAAUCUUGGGUUAAAUAUGGUACAAAGCUAAAAAUUAAAGAAAUUAGAGAACUAUUAAACCAUUUACCAAGAUCUUCUUCUGUAGCAAUUAUUAAUGUUGCUAAUUUGCAAAAAGAGUUAUUCACUGAUAGUGGUGCUGGAACUUUAAUUAGAAGAGGUUAUAAAUUAGUGCUUAAAAACAAUUUAACUCAGUUUGAGAAUAUAGACUUGUUAAAAGAUGCUUUAUUAAGAGAUGAGGAUAUUAAAUCUGGUAAAAUCCCAAUAUCUUAUUACUUAACGGAAUUGGAAAAUUCAAAUUUUGUUGCUUAUGGUGACGAGCCUCUAGAUGUGUUGGCAAUUAUUAAAAGAAAUAACACUGAAAUCCCAAUUUUAGACAAGUUCUUAGCUCUUAAAAAUAGUUGGUUGAACAAUGUUCCUGACAAUAUCUUUAACCAAAUUAAAUUAGACUAUCCAUCUCUACAAUGGACUAUUAGAGAGGACGAUCCUAAUAAUAGUUUCUAUUUUUCGAAAUCUCAAGGUUCGUAUCAUAAAAAUGGCUAUAUUUUAUAUUGGUAUGGUAUUGAAAAUCCAAAUCAAAUUGCAAGUUUGAUUCAAAACUUUUUAGAUAAACCUUCAACUCCAAUUCGUAAAGUCAAAAAUUUCAACGAUUUAAAUAACAAUACCAAGUCCAAAUUAGAUAAUAAAUAUUCUGGUGGCUCCACUGUUUUCAAAAAUCUCACUCAAAAUAAACAAAUUUCAACUUUAUCAUUUAGAAGAAAAUUCUCAACAAACUUUACUAAAUACAAUUUGUCAUCAACAUCAUUGAGCCCAUUAAAAUCCAGUUUUGAAAAAGGCACUCCAGUAGUUAAAAAUGAAAAUAAUAAACCUUCCAAGAUUGGUAUCAUUGGAGCUCGUGGAUACACUGCUCAGAAUUUGAUUUCGAUGGUGAAUGAUCAUCCACUUUUAGAAAUAUUAUAUGUUUCAUCCAGAGAAUUAAAUGGCCAACCUGUAGAAGGGUAUGAAAAACAAAAAAUUACAUAUUCCAAUUUUAAAGUCGAUGAUAUUAAAACAAUUGAAAAAAAUAAGGAAAUUGAUAUGUGGGUCAUGGCAUUGCCCAAUGGUGUUUGCAAGCCAUUUGUUGAAGCAAUUGAAAACAUCAACAAUGGGAAAUCCAAAAUCAUUGACUUAUCUGCUGAUUAUCGAUUUGAUACCAGUGGCGAAUGGGUUUAUGGAUUACCAGAAGUAAAUGAUCGUUCCAAAAUUGCAAAUGCUAAAAAAAUCAGCAAUCCAGGUUGUUAUGCUAAUUGUGCAGAAAUAGUAAUUAAACCAUUAUUAAAUUACAUUGGCAAAGAUCAAGUGCCAUCAAUUUUUGCUGUCUCUGGUUAUUCGGGAGCUGGGACAAAACCAUCUAUAAAAAACGAUGUCAACCUUUUGAGUGACAACCUAAUACCUUACUCAUUAACAGAUCAUGUUCAUGAAAAAGAGAUCUCAUCUCAACUAGGAAUUGAGGUUGGUUUUAUGCCUCAUGUUGCUCAAUGGUAUCAAGGUAUAACUUUAACCAUCUCCAUCCCACUAUGUGAAAAACUAACCUCCAGAGAUAUCAGAAACUUGUAUCAAGACACAUAUGAUAAUGAACAGUUGAUUACAGUCAAUGGAGAAAUUCCAUUUGUUAAAGAUAUUAGUGGAAAACAUGGGGUUGUGAUUGGUGGUUUUGGUGUCAACGCAAAGCAAGACAGAGUCGUAAUUGUUGCUACUAUUGACAAUCUUUUGAAAGGAGCUGCUAGUCAAGCUUUGCAAAAUAUAAAUUUGGCAUUAAAAUAUGGAGAAUACAGUGGAAUUCCACAGGAUACGUUCAUUCAUUGAUAAGAAAGUAUUCGUGUUUACCUUUAUUUUUAUUUUUUUUCAACAAAACAUUAACUAUGAAAACUUCAAAACAAACAUUUUUUUUAAAAUUUUUUGUUUAUAUAUAUUUGGCUUUUAGGAAAUUAGAAAAUCAUACGAAAAAAUUGAACCUCAAAAUAAAAUAAAAUAAAAUUCUAUGUUAUAUUUCAAAUGUAAAACUAUUUUAACAAACUUUUCUAAUUUGA